AUGAUGGAAUGGGAGGAUGUUGUCGCCGGAUAUGCUUGCGAUGGACCAUAUUCGCGCAGGAGCUUCGCCUGGCCGAGCAUACUCACCUCGAUGGAGUUCAAAUUUUGCGGAAAUAGUUCAAGACAGCUGCCCUCGAAGCUGGCCGGUCUAGAUUUGACUUCAGAAAAUCCUCAUAUAACAGUCAUGAAUACCAAUCUAGCAGGGGCAACCUCGAAGCAAGACGAGAUUGAAGCCGAAACACUAGAGAAUCCAUCGUCUCCUAUUGUACGGUGCGCGCUGUAUGGCGCCGACAUGCUAUCAAGGGGGCCAUGUAUGAACCACGCAAUCAAGCUACUCCUCAUCGGUAGAAUUGGGGAUUUUAUUCCUGCUGCAUGGUCCUUUCUCAUUUCAUGUUUCAGACAAAUGAUAUGGAUAUGGUGGUACGAUAGACAAGGUCUUAUCCAGACGGAAGGCAUCAACUUGAUACAAGACUUUCUGCGCUUCCUAAUUCUGCUCUUCGCGUUUCAGCGGUUCGAGCUGGAGGACUAG